CUACCUGGACUCCGUGCCGUUCACGACAACCAGCAGCCUCUCUCUCUCUUCUCUCUCUCUCUCUCAUGAGUCUCUCUCUCAUGGCGCAUGUGUCUGAUUUGUGUGGAAUCUAUCGCACAGGAACUCAGGGAGCCGCCUUCACUGGUCUACGGGCCGGUCAAAGUGAAGCCUCCCUCCCCUCUCCCCAUCUCCCUCUGCAGCUCGAGCUGCACACAGCUAGCGAGCGAGCCUGCAGCCAUGGAGAAUUAUCACAUGCUCUUCGGGGCGACGCAGCCCUCGUCGUCCACCUCCAACUCCUACAACUUCCUGGCUGCUGGUGCUGGCGGCGGCACGAGCAGCCUUCAGCUGCGCGACCACCAUGAUCGAGGGCAGCAGCAGGCAGGCCACAGCCACAGGCACAGCCACAGCCACAGCGGCCCGUUGUUCCUGGCGGCGGAGCUCUCUAACAGCUCCAAACAGGAUGGCGGCGUGAGCCCGCCGGCAGCAGCAGCCGGCCGCGGGGAGUCGUCCCCGGGGCCUGCCGCUGCCGAGGCGGACAGGCCGGCCGGUGUCGCGGGGAAGAGGAAGGGCGAGAAGAAGGAGCGGCGGCCGCGGUACGCGUUCCAGACGCGCAGCCAGGUGGACAUCCUCGACGACGGCUACCGGUGGAGGAAGUACGGCCAGAAGGCCGUCAAGAACAACAAGUUCCCAAGAAGCUACUACAGGUGCACUCACCAAGGGUGCAAUGUGAAGAAGCAGGUGCAGCGGCUGUCAAGGGACGAGGCCGUGGUGGUGACUACAUAUGAGGGAACUCAUACGCACCCCAUUGAGAAGUCCAACGACAACUUCGAGCACAUUCUCACCCAGAUGCAGAUAUAUUCCGGCAUGGGAUCAAACUUCAGCAGUAGCCACAGCAUGUUUCACUGAACUGUGUCCCCUAAAGCACUUGAAGCAUCUAUAUGCAUGCGCCAUUCAACCUAAGCAUGCAACAAUCCCUAGAUUCGUUUUAAUUUGUACAUUAAGUCUUAGAGGUUAAGAGAGAAAUAAGCGUGAUCUGGUAGCUAGAUGCAGUUAUUACUCGCGCAAUGGUCCUUUUUCUUCUUGUUGUUCUUUUUGCUUGGAAUUGUAGGCCAGGGUAGACUGAUAUACAUCCUCAGAAAUUUUAAAGAUGUUGCCCAUUAUCAUUAAAAACAGAAUAUCCUCUUACUGGGGCACCUUAAGUGUA